CGAAGACGAAUGCAAAGGGUCCGAACACCGUGUCCUGGGGCAUUUGUUGCCUUUGAUUUCUGUGUUUGCGGUUGUUGAGUGAAAUAUCGUUGCCUGGAACCUCAUUCUCUAUAACUUUGACAAGCCCGACCGCGACAAAAGGAGCCUCUUCCCAGCAUAUGCAGCCGAGACUCUUGUACUUUGCUCAGAAAUAUGGCGUCUUCUUCCUCACAGGGGCUGGCCGGGAUAGUGAUCAAACCAAUCACCUCCGAGGCCGACAUCCCCGUCUGCGCAAAGCUUGCCGACGCAGCCUUGAAACCAGAUGGCUUGCACGAGUUUCGGAACCGGUACAGCAAGAGUGUAUACGAUAAUACCGUUGAGAAGUUAACUGACGCGAUCCGAGACGAUCGCGGCCGCUUCUUUAUUUUCAAGGCAGUUGUGUCACCCGCCCCCAGGAAAGAUCGAACCGCAGAUCUCAACUCCACUGCCGAGGUACCGAACAACGAAGUUCAAGGAGAGGAAGAAGUCAUGGUAGGCUUCACACUAUGGCGGAAGGGAUACGUCGAAGUGCCCAAGAUGGACCCGUUCGCACCAAAGAACGAGACGACCGAGGACGCGACCGUCGCGACAAGCAUCACCAAUGUGCCGAUCUCCGAAGGCAUCGACGCUGAAAGCGCGACCGACGUCCUAACCACAGCCACCCCUGGGAUCAGCGGCGACGGCGCAGCUGGCCCAGGAGGAAAGCCAAAGCCGUUUUAUGCAAAUCCCGACGCCGAGUUGGCCCGGAAACUAGGCAAUGCGUACGUCGGGGCCAUCAGAGGGAAGAGACAUUUGUAUCUACACUGGCUGACGAUCCAUCCAUCGUAUCAACGGCAGGGCAUCGGCCAAAAGCUGCUUGACUGGGGCGUUGAAGUUGCCGACAGGGAAAAUAUCGUUUCAUGGUUGUUUGCGCGUCCGGCUGGGAUUAGGCUGUACGAACGCAACGGCUGGAAAGCAGUGUUGACCAUCGACGUUGAUGUACCUGAUGAGGAUCUGAAGGUGGCUCCCGUGGUUGGCAUGUUGCGGGUACCUACAAGGCAAAGACAAUAAAGAGAGUCAGGAUUUAGGAGGCGCUGUGAGAGGGCACGGCUCAUGCCUGAUACAAAUCUGAAGAUAUGAUCUGAGGAUAGAGUAUCUUCUGCCUCACCUAACGCAGGAGCCCACACAACUAACAUUGGCGAACAGAAAAUUGUAUAUCUGAGAUCAAAAAUAAAAAUCAUGUUCUGCCAGAGGAUGGAUUGAACUACCCUAC